AUGUUUUGUCGAAACUUCUUCGUAAAUGUUUUGUCGAAACUUCUUCGUAAAUGUUUUGUCGAAACUUCUUCGUACAUGUUUUGUCAAGACUUCUUCGUACAUGUUUUGUCAAGACUUCUUCGUACAUGUUUUGUCGAAACUUCUUCGUACAUGUUUUGUCAAGACUUUUCGUACAUGUUUUGUCAAGACUUCUUCGUACAUGUUUUGUCAAGAUUCUUCGUACAUGUUUUGUCAAGACUUCUUCGUACAUGUUUUGUCAAACUUCUUCGUACAUGUUUUGUCAAGACUUCUUCGUACAUGUUUUGUCAAGACUUCUUCGUACAUGUUUUGUCAAGACUUCUUCGUACAUGUUUUGUCGAAACUUCUUCGUACAUGUUUUGUCAAGACUUCUUCGUACAUGUUUUGUCGAAACUUCUUCGUAAAUGUUUUGUCGAAACUUCUUCGUAA